CCCCGGCCGCGACCGGCGGCGGCUCCGGAACCCCAAAAAAUCCCAAAACCUCGGGAAUUUCACCCCGGAAAACCCCGGCGGGGCCUCCUCGCAGAGUCAAUGGUUCGGGGGGAUGGAGCCCGAGCCGGGGGGUGACGCCCCCAGGACCCCCAGUGUCCCCUGGCGCAGCUACAAACUGGUGCUGGACCCUGCCCUGCGCCGGGGGGGACAGAAGCUCUACAGAUACGAUGGCGUGCACUUCAGCGUGCCCGAUUCGGGAUUUCCCCCGGCUGGGCCCGUGCAGGAUCCUCGACCCCGCAGGAUCUGGGCCAAGCACCGGGACCUGUCCCUGCCCGUUCCCAAAUUCAAGCUGGACGAGUUCUACGUGGGCCAGGUGCCCCUGAAGGAGGUGACGUUCGCGCGCCUCAACGACAACAUCCGCGAGGGGUUCCUGCGGGAGAUGUGCCGCAAGUUCGGCGAGGUGGAGGAGGUGGAGGUGCUGCUGCACCCCAAAACACGGAAACACCUGGGGCUGGCCCGCGUCACCUUCGGGACGUCGCGCGGCGCCCGCGACACCGUGAGGCACCUGCACAACGCCACGGUGAUGGGCACGGCCAUCCACGCCCAGCUGGACGUCCGGGGUCGGUGA